CCAGCCUGCUUUGACCUGGAGGAACCUAAACGGUCCUCGAGCUAUUGGCUGAGGUUUCAGAGGAGUAUGUUGGAUCUCUCUCUGCAGUGGAGAUUUGCCAGACUGCCCAACAACGCCAAGCUGGAGAUGGUGCCAGUCUCAUGUAACAGAGUGGGAACGGGAAAUGUGGUUCGGAUUGCAUUACAUUUAGAUGAUGGCUCCCGUUUACAGGACACCUUUCAUUGUCAACAGACUUUGUGGGAGCUUCUCAACCAUUUUGCAAAGACCAGGGAGCUUAUGGAACAACACAGUGAAUUCUCUCCAGUCUGUAUUUACAUGCGAGAUGAGAUAUCAGGAAAAGAUGCCCUAGGGAAGACGACCCUGAAGUCACUUGGCCUGACUGGGGGCAGUGCCAUCAUCAGGGUUGUCAUGAAGAAGUGCAGUUCAUCUGGUCAGGAGGCGGCUGUGGAUGCCAUGGCUCAAUGUAAUGAGCUGACAGUGAGAGCGAGCUCCACCGAGGAAGCAGGGGAUGUGUCCCUAACUCAAGCACACGCAUUCCCAGAGGACUCGGACCACAGUGACGUGGCCUUGUCUUUACACAGCUGCAGAGACGGGCAAGACUUGAUUAGAGAAUCCCAUGCCAGCUUGGAGGAGCUGUGGCCUCCCUCAGAGCACGAGUCUACCCCAUUUGUCCCUUUUUCUGGAGACGGACAGCGUCUGGGGGACUCUCCUGUGGCUGCAGCAUCUCCUGGGUUAGGCAUGCCAUCUUCAAAGCUGUCAAUAUCUUCCUCCAGCCCUGGAGGCCCUUCUAAGCCAAAGAAGUCUAAGAACAGCCAAGAAUCGCUAAAGGAGCAAGAGCAGCUUUUAGAACGAGAGCCGCUUGUAUGUCAUCUAGACCUACUAGAACCGCUUCCUGCUGGCCCAGAAGACCUUCCUGAUGAGUUUUUUGAAGUCACAGUGGAUGAUAUACGAAAACGUUUGGCACAGCUGCAGAGCGAGAGGAAACGCCUGGAAGAAGCUCCACUGAUGACAAAAUCUUUGAGGGAGGCUCAGCUGAAGGAAAAGUUAGAACGUUACCCAAAGGUGGUGUUGAGAGUACAUUUCCCAGACCGUCAUGUUCUACAGGGGUUCUUCCGUCCUAGUGAAACUGUUAUUGCACCUCCCAGAAUCAUCUUGAAUGAUGAAAGUUUGACGCUCUUUGAGGCUAAACUCUUUCCAGCUGCUGUCGUUCAUUUUGGAUCUGAGGAGUGCAGGGAUUGUUACCUGAAGUCGGACCUGCUGAGCUCUGCAGUUUCCCCUUCUGCAGCUGAUGUAUUAGUAGCCAGAUGUUUGUCCAAAUCAGUAGUUCCUUCUGCUUUGUCAUCUUUAAAAUCAGCAGUUCCAUCCCUAGCUGAACCAGAAGGGGGAAGUGACAAAAAGACUGAUGAGCAACCAGAACCAGCAAGAGUACAGCAAGCUCCACAGCUGAUGAGUAGGGCCCCUGGGAAGAUACCCAAAUGGCUGAAGCUGCCAGGUGGGAAGAGAUGAAACAUUCUUGGCUACUGGAUGAGUAUAGCAGUCAGCUGUGCUUCUUUCCUGAUGAAGUACUUCAGAAUUUGUAAGAAAUUGUUGGUGGCCCUGGAGAGACCUAAUCUAUAUGAACAUGGGUUAUAAAUAGAAUAUUGUUACUUCAACUGCCAAUUUCACCUUUUGGAAGAGUGGAAGGCCUGAUUUGUGGUUCUCCUGCCUACAGAAGUAGGGUCAGAGGUUCAAGUUAAGAUUUCCUGCAUGCAGAUAAUAUGAAUAGAGAAUUGAGGGGAGAUAUUUCCUAGUUACUCUCUGUCAAGGACUUUACCUCUUUCCAUAUUUUGAAAUUCAAAUCUUCCCAGUACUACCUUCAGAGAUACUAGCGAUAGUCUAGCUGCCUGAAUUCUAGCAACAAGAUACGACUUGAUUCAGUUUUACCUGUAGUUAAGCGCUGCCUAGAACAAGAGUUCUCUUUGCUUUUUGCUGGUUGGGGUUAAUGCUCCUGUAAUUCUGGGCAUUAAUGGCUGGAAAGCAGGUGAAGAAGGUGCAUCUAGGUCAUUCAUAACAGUUUAAGUAGGCUUUUCCUGUGAACCUCUUGGUUUACUGCACUUACCUGUUUUCACUUGACAGAAUCUUAUUAACAAAGAACACAGGUACCUGUUGACAGAGUUUUUUCAGUGGCGUUUUUUCUGCCUCAAGCUCUGUGAUUUGUUUUCAUUACACAUAAUUAACGUCAUUAAUUGCUGUUCUAAUGAGUUAAAAAAACACCCAGUGAAAGGGUCUCUUAACGUGUGAUUUUUUCCACCUUACUGAUUUCUUCUGUGGUCUGAGUGUUUCCACAGCAGAGUAGCAGUUUUCUGCAGUGCAAUUAGCAUAGGGAGGGGAUCACUACUCCAGAUCUUUGCCUUUUGAGAUGUACGGAGAUGAAUGUUGUUGUUUAGAACUGUGUCUGCCCUGGAGAUGAGCUCUGUAGUGCCACAGUGGCUGUGGUGCUGUAUUUGAUUUGAAGUCUCUUCCAUGAAUCAGUGAUUCAUUUUGGACAGUUAAGGUUCCAAGUUACAGUAAUAAGAUUUAGAAUGUUUUCUGUUUUCCCUGUGUAGACACUUGUUCCCUAAACUAUGUGUGCACCUGCACAAUUUGCAGAUGUAAUAAAGCAGAGCGGCCAUAGGAGGCCUUUUUGUCGGUCUCUUUGAUAAUGUUUCCUCCUCAACGCUAUUUCUCUGCCAGUUCACAGGAACCUGCUCCCUCAUUGGGCCUGUCAUGCCUCAUUCCCUCCUCCCAUUUUUUUUCAACAAAGUAAAACAGAGCUUUGUACCAUCUGAAUGAACUUCAAAGUGGCUAGAAAGGGCACUCGGGGUUCCUGGCACUUGUCAUUGUCUCCCAGCCUGGCCAGCAUUUCCCUUCAGGUCUAAUUACUUCCAAAUGUUCCCAGAUGCUUUGAAGAAACUCAGAGGGAGGGGGAGGCAUGAAAGAAUGGUGGAAGAAGAAAAAGGAAACUCAAAGUGGAGGGAGUAGAAUGCUGUAGCAAAAAAGAUGGUUGAUUUCUUAUAUGACACCCAAACAUGAACAGACAGGGAAUGUGUGCAGGCACUGGCAGCGGGGAAUGCACGAGCACUGUGUACAGCUGCUACUCUAAAUAAUCCUUUCUGUAGAAAGCAAGCCUUCCUGGAACGUGACAGGCUGUCUAUGAAAGACAUACUACAGCAAAAUGAAAAAGAUUAAAGUAAUGCUUAAAGCUUAUUACUUCAGUGGAUUAAGCAUGGGCUAAGCCUACCCUCCAGAGUACUAUCUGUAUCUUGGUUCAGGUGCUAUGUCAGGCUUAUUCAUCUCAGGGAAGCCAGAGGUAGACUGUGGUUAGGGCUGCUUUGCUGAAUUUAUGCAGAAUGUAUUUGUGGCCAACAAAUAGCCAGAGCUGAUGACAGGUGAUUAUAUAUUCAUGCUAGUGCUGCUUGAUGUACUGGAUUAGAUUAAAAAGUAGUCUGGUUGGUAGAAAAUUGCUCUGCACCUUCAGAUAUAUUAGUUUUCUUCUUUGAAGACCACAGGCAACAUCAAAUACUACUGACUGGCUUAGCUAUUUUGAUUUUAACAGUUGUGUCAGAGAACUAGCACCACAACUACCACCCGCAAGGACCUGGUAUGGGCAAACAGAAGGAAAAAUUCAGGGACGCAAAUAACGAUAACAUUAUUACUGGAGCAAUUUCAUCACAGGGAUGAGGACUAAUGUAUGCUCCAUCAGGACCUAACUGCUGCUCACAGAAGCAGUUGGGUGCGAUUUCACCCAGCAGAGAGGCUAAUCAAUUUUGGCCCAGAUUCUUUUUAGCGAUGGCUGGAUAUGAGCAGCAGCUGCAGGAACAACGUUGGGUUUAACUGGAUCCCCAGACUGAACUUUAAUGGUUUUAAAAUCAAGAUACAGCUGGGUUUCUCCAAUUAUACUCUAAUGGGCUGUGCCAGUGGGAUGAUGUUUCUGGUGAAGAGGUAACAUUUUGUCUCUGACUCCUGCAGCCAACUUCAUACUGCUGUGUGCUUUACUUAAGUCGGUUCUGCCCAGGCAUGUCCCUUGUGUAACACAGUAAAGCAUUGAACCCACUGUAAGGUACUCCUGUUUCAAGAAGAUGGAAAAUUGGUACCUUCAACAGCUAGACCAGAGGUCUUAUUCCCCCUCCUCCCCUAUGCAAAGAAGAGUUAGUUUUAGCUGCUGCUGUUAAAAUAGCACUUUACCACUAACAGUUACAUCUGCAAUCACCUUCAGGCAAGAAAGCUGGUGUAUGGACCAAGUAUGUCAGGGAAGUGAACUCAUGCCUCUUUAGGGCAGCAGCUUUGACAGAUCUGUGUGUCACUAGGAGACAGAACGGAUGGGGAGGGUGAGAAUUUGAAAUCUGGAUAAGGCAAGAAAUGAGCAUCAAGAUUCUUUGAGAAGGGCAAGAUGUCCUGAUAUUUAAAACUGCAGGCUUCUCACUAAGGAAGCUGCUACAAGGAUUCCUACCCUGCCACUGAACAAUACACACACAUAAGCUGGAUUUGCUUCAAUCUUACUUCUGCUAUAGUAGCUGAAUUCAUCCCUUGGGUUGUAGUUGGGCAUUCAAAGAUAGUAUUACCUAUAUAUUUUUUGCUACUGCCUAUUAUACCAGUAUAGUUGUUGGGCUGAAUGCUGAACUAGGUCUAGUCUUUCAUUGGUUUCAUUGUACAGCUGCACAAAUAGUUGUCUUGGCAAACAGGCUGCAGUGUAGAGGGACAGGGGGACUGCUUAAGCUGGUACUGUCACCAAAAAGAAUGCGCAUUAAAUUGUGGUUUUAGUUGAAGUUUCCAAGCGGCUGGUACCCUGAUUAAGGACCUUGAUAGCUCUUGGCUGAAAGAGUACAGUGACCUACUAAGCCUUUGCUUUGCUACAGUUGUCGAUUGGAAAAGGAAAAAAAAAAUGCUAUUAGUAACCAUGAAGACUUCAAAUAGCCAGCAACAAACGACGUGCAAUCUUUAAGACACACUGGUGUCAGCUGCUUUUCCUGUAGCAAGUUGUGUGUAUGUCCUGACAAAGCCAGUUCAGUUGUGUGGUUCCUGCCUACAUGUGUAAGGUUUCUUAUUUCACAGUUCCCCCACCCUGCUGGCUGAGGGGCCGGCCUGUACCAUGAUGUGGGAUUCUCACACAUGCUGUUUGUUAUUCUGUCCUUUUUCCUUUCGUCCUACAAAGAUUUAGAAAAGAGGGUGGGUGUGUGUAUGUGGAAACUGUGCAAGUCUUUGAAGCAAUUUGACUUUCAAUGAUUAAUUGCAGCAAAGAGCCUGCACAAGGGAAGGAGACUUGGCUUUGAUUUAUUGAUGUUUCUUUGUGAGAACAAAUUUAUAGCAGAGGGAAGCAGCUUCUGAGGAGAAUAUCAAAUAGUUAAAAGGUUCCAAGCAUUCUUUGAUGUCUCAGCCCUGAAGAAAUACUGGAAGGUAUUGAGAAACACACACUGUUUAUUUAUAAAAUAAAGAUCAGAUACCUGCUUUUGGCAA